AGGUCCACUUUGUGGGGAGGGGUUAAUUCAGGCCCAGAAGAACUGGUAUCGUCACCCAGGAUAUCUUACUACUUUGCAGAUCAUGGCUGACUAUGAUGCUGUUUUGAAGAACUGGGGUCCAGUGGAUGCAGACCCUGCCAAAUAUGGGGGCCUUGUUCUGGUCCGUUUAUUCACAGAGCACCCAGAAACCCAGAAGCUGUUCCCUAAGUUUGCUGGGAUUGCUCACGGUGAUCUGGCUGGUAACGCAGCUAUUUCUGCCCACGGUGCCAUUGUGCUGAAGAAACUUAGUGAACUGUUGAAGGCCAAAGGCAGCCACGGUGCCAUCAUCAAACCUCUGGCCCAGAGUCACGCCACUAAGCACAAGAUCCCUAUCAACAACUUCAGGCUUAUUGGUGACGUCAUUGUUAAAGUCUUGGGUGAGAAAGGCAUACUUGACGCAGCUGGGCAGCACGCCCUGAACAACAUUUUCCCCAUUAUCAUUGGUGACCUUGAGGCCGGCUACAAAGAGCAUGGCUUCAGUGGCUAAAGAGUAAAGUCACACCAUGAAGAAGAAAUCUUCCACAUGGAACAGCAUUUGUUUUGGUUUUUUUUUAAAGUUCUGAUCUUGAUUAAUUAAAAAAUGUACUAUAGCAUUACAAUCAACUACAGCUUGAAAUGUUACCAUUGAAUUGAAGAUCAAAAGAACAUAAGCUUCAUAAAUGUAGCUUUGAUUUCAGAGUUAUUGUAUCAGAUCAUGUUGGAUUUCAUAGAUAUCCUGCUCUGUAAUAAAUAUCGGUUUUAUUUCAGUUAAAUUUGAUUGAUCUUGUUCAGUAUUCCUAACAGGAUGUAAACAUGUCUCCCAAUGAUCAA